CCUUGUGCUUGGUGCACUAGAACAAAGGAAAAAAAAAAAAUGGACGCUAUUUCUACAUUGCCAAGAACUACUACUCAUCAACCAGUAAGGUCCAUUAGUUUGCCAACAAGAGUGCAGCCUUCUUCUCAAAGAGUUGAAGCACUUUUGAACCAUAAGCCUCACACAUGUUUGGAAGCAGAGACGAUUCAAAGCGAUUUGGCUGCGCUUGCUGAGUUGUACAACUGCAUGGAGGAACUCUUCCAUUCUCCACAGACCCAACAAGCACUUUUGCACUACCAAAAUGGGAAACUAGUGGAAGAGGCAUUGUGUGGCUCGGUGACACUCCUAGAUGCAUGUGGCACAGCGAGGGAUUUAUUGUUGUCUCUAAAAGAACAUGUGCAAACUCUUCAAUCCGCCAUGCGCAGAAGAAGAGGAGAUUCAAGCAUCGAAAACAGCAUUUGUGAGUAUAAUGGCUUCAGGAAGAAGGCCAAGAAGGAAAUUGCGACGCAACUAGGGGCAAUGAAGAGAAUGGAGAACAAAGUUAAUACUUGUUCUCUAAUGGGUCAGUCUCAAGAUCAGCAUUUGAUAUUCCUAGCAAGAGUUCUAAGAGAAGCAAGCACCAUCACUAUCUCUAUAUUUCGUUCUCUUUUGUUGUUUCUAUCAAUGCCAGGACUCAGAACAAAAGGGACCUCCUUGAUCUCAAAGCUAAAGCCAAUGCGAUUGUUUUCUUCAGAGAAAGAGCAGAAGAACACUAAUGUUGUGGACCUUAGUGCUAUGUGCUCCCUCCUUGGAAGAGAUGCCAAGGUUGAAGUUCAAAGUGCUCUAAAAGUGUUAGAGACAUUGAAUGUUAGCAUUGAUGGUCUUGACUGUGGAUUAGAUUGCAUUUUCAGACGUAUAGUUCAAAAUAGAGUGUCAUUUCUUAAUAUGCUUGCUCAUUAGUACAAUGAUGAGUGAAGCCUAAAUUAAUACCUUGUAAAUGUGAAUGAGAGUGUUCAUGUAGUCCGCAUUUUAAAGGAUUUGCUCUCCAAAAAUCAAUACAUGUUUGAAUAUCAAAAUGAUUCUGAAUUA